AUGAUCAUCGUCUCGGAUAUCGUCACCCUCAGGGAGCGAGGCAAGUAUCAGGGCAUUCUGGGAGCCGCUUUGGGCCUUGGAAACGUCAUUGGCCCGUUCGUCGCUGCAGCUUUUGUCAUGGACUCGACCUGGCGAGGAUUCUUCUGGCUCUUAUCUCCACUAGCGGCCUGUUGCAUCAUCGUCGGAUAUAUUCUCAUUCCUAACAAUUCCCGAAAGGAUAGUUUCCGGAAGAAUGUCCGCAAGAUUGACUUCUGGGGCGUUCUCGCCUCGUCAAUCGGGAUCAUUUUCUUGUUGAUCCCCAUUUCCGGGGGUGGGUCCUAUUUCAAUUGGGACUCGCCUAUGGUUAUCAGCAUGCUCACUAUUGGAGGCUGCGCCAUCCUUGCCUUUAUCGUGAUCGAAUGGAAAGUGGCGGUGCUGCCCAUGCUUCCAGUGGUUUUCUUCAAGAACAAGGUGCUCUGUGCCCUGUUUUUGCAGAGUUUUCUUCUUGGUGCUGUCUAUCAGUCGUACCUAUACUACUUGCCUUUGUAUUACCAAAACGCUCGCGGAUGGUCUCCAAUCGUGUCUGCUGCGUUGACUGCACCCAUGGUAGCUUGCCAGUCACUUGCAUCAAUCACCUCCGGACAGUACAUCUCACGCAUGAAGCGUUAUGGAGAGGUGAUCUGGGCUGGCUUUUUCAUGUGGACAUUAGGAGCUGGUUUGAUGCUACUAUUUGAUCAGCAUACUAGCCCAGGUGCUAUUGCUGUCAUUGUCGGCAUUGCUGGCAUUGGCGUCGGCUGGACCUUCCAGCCGACCAUGAUCGCUUUCCAAGCCCAUGCUACCAAAUCACAACGAGCAGUAGUGAUCUCAGACCGGAAUUUCUUCCGUUGUAUAGGAGGUGCCUGUGGCUUGGCCGUCUCCGCAGCCCUACUCCAGGCCACUCUACGAUCCAACCUCCCAGCCGGGUAUAAGGACGUUGCGGAUUCAUCGUACACCCUUCCGUCCCGGAACGGUAUCUCCGAUUCCGAUUGGGAGCAGAUUCUCGCAGCUUACGUGAAGGCAUCCCACUCCGUGUUCAUCUUGCAGGUCCCACUGAUCGGAACGUGCCUUCUGGCGUGCCUGUUCCUUCGGGAUCGAGGCUUGGAGCGACCGAAGGAUCCACAUGAGAUAGAAGAGGAGAAGAGACAAGAAGAGGAAAAGCGGAGACAGGAGGAAGCUCGAGAGCAGGAAGAGCAACGGGUUGCUGGUGGCGAGGAUGUGGAGGCUCAGGCACCGCACGCAUCUGAGUCAAUUGAGGACGACCAAAGGGCCACACUGACCAUACCCCACAGUGCGACAAUAACUAUCCCACAUGCUCCAAUUGCCACAAAGCUGGAGCGAAUUGCGACAAAGCUUCCCUACACACGGGCUCUGGAGAGCCGAAUACACUACUUGGAGUCGCAAUUGGAUUCAAGACCCAAGGACAGCCGGGCCAGCAGCCACGUUGCUCAUCCUGUCGCGGCACUCCUCUCUCCUCAGAAUCCCCCGACACCGGCUGGAUCGACCACCGAACUCGACCGGAAUGCCGUCGGGGAGAUCGUGGGCUUUCUCGCCCUCAACUCGUCGGAAGCUCCGGCGUAUGUGGGAUCCAGCUCCGGGCUGUCUCUGGCCGCAGACCUCGGAGAGAUGGUUCAAGCCACCGUCUGGAACCAAGCUCUCUCGUCGUCGCGGAACCCGACCGGGACACGCGCUGGGCAGCUACCAGGUCACAAUCUCACCGGACUCCCGCCACAACCGUCUACGGGAGACAAGAGCUCCGAAGAGCGGGCGCGACCGCUGCGUAUGGAGGAGUUGCUGUCGAAGACCACGGACCCCCCGAACGAUGAACUGGGGUCGCGGAUCCUGCGCGCCUAUCUGACGAGACUACACGUGCGGUAUCCCUUUCUUGAUCGGACUGAGUUAUGGCGCUUGCACGAAGACCGCUGGCGGUUGGCCAGGACUCCACGCGAAGAACUUACCAGGGCGGAGCGAUUUGGUAUCUUCAAGCUGUAUCUCGUAUAUGCAAUUGGAGCGACGACUAUACAGUUGAGUGAGAAUCUGGCUACAAUUCUUCCCGAGCAAUUCUACACAACCGCACUGCAGACGGUCCCCAGAAUGUGUGAGCCACGAUCGGUGGAGAACAUCGAAGCCAUGACGCUGAUGGUGGUAUACCAUCUUCGAUCUGCGUCCAGUCAGGGCAUGUGGUACAUGGUCGGGCUUGCGAUGCGGACCGCCAUCGACCUGGGUUUGCACCGAAAGGCAAAUGAAAACAACCUGGAUCCGUUCACCGCACAGAUGCGACGUCGUCUGUUUUGGACAGUCUACUACCUCGAGCGUGUAGUGUCGAUGUCACUAGGCCGACCUUUCAGUAUUGCAGACCGACACAUCGACCUGCCGUUACCACUCGACGUCGACGACGACGUGCACGAUCCGGCUGUGCUGACUGCAUCUCUGCCGAUGGACCGGAUCACAAGCCUAACAUUCGCAAUCUACCUCAUGAAACUCCGUCGGAUUGACUCCCGAAUCCAACAUAAGAUCUACCGGGCCGAUCGCCCGCUGCAUACCCUGCGCUCCAAGAUGGACCGUCUAUAUCUGGAACUGGAGGAGUGGAAGCAGUCCGCGACGCGCCGUUUCAGUGGAUCCGACCUCGACUACCCGAUGCUCCACUACCACCGGGCUCUCCGGCUGCUGAUCCAGCCGUUCCUGCCCUCGCUGCCCCUCACCGACCCCUACUACCACAUCUGCCUGCGAGCCGCGGGAAACACCUGCCAGACGCACAAGCGCCUGCACCAGACGCUGGAGUACGGCCACUCCUUCCUGGCCGUGCAAACCGUCUUCAUGGCCGGCAUCACGCUGCUCUACGCCCUCUGGACCCACACCAGCGACGUCUGGUCCGUGCAGCUCAGCAACGACAUCCGCGCCUGCUCCACCGUGCUCUUCGUCAUGGGCGAGCGCGCCAAAUGGGUGAAGAAAUACCGCGACGCCUUCGAGCUGCUCGUCAACGCCGCCAUGGAGAAGCUCGAAGGCACCGACGCCUCCAAGAAGGUCGGCAUGGCCGAGCUGAUGACGGCCCAGCACAUCGGCGGCGGCGGCGCCAUCAACGCCGGCAUGUUCCGCGACAAUCACCCCAGCACCUCGCGACCCACGGAAGGAGGGACAUCGGCGGCGGCGGCGGCGGCGCAGCAGCAGCAGCAGCAGCAGCAACAACAACAACAGCAGCCGCCGGCCGCCAAUCUCGCGGUCUCCGUCGACCCGACUAGCCAGGACCACGGCGUGCGCAUGGCGUUGCAGCUCGCCCCCUGGAUCGACCUGGAGGAGGAUAGCCCAUUCUGGAUGCCGGAUUUCGAGACGCUGGAGGGGCUGUCCGGGGAUUUGUGGAGUAGCGGAGAGUUCGCGCCGUUCGCGCCGGUUGAUCCGCUCUUUGGGGUGAUGACGGGGCCAGAUGUGUGA